AUGUCGACGACGACGCUCGCCUCGUGUAUCUUUAACGGGUGCACGCGGCCCGCCAGCCUGUCCCUGGAUGCGACGUACAAGUGCGCAUUCCACUGGCACCGCGCUCGCUGCCUCGCGUCCCCAACAUGCUUCAAUCAAGUGUUUGCGCGCCACCGGUGCGUCCGCCAUGGUGGUCGCAAACAAUGCCAAGUGGACGGUUGCUACCUCAACGCCCGCCUCGGGUCCGUCUGCUCCAAGCACGGAGCUUCGGCAGCUAUGCGCGUUUGCACACAUCCUGGCUGCACGACCCGAGCCAGCGCCCGUAAGAAGUGCAUCAAGCAUGGGGGUGGUCGGCCCUGUCAAGCGUUCGGUUGCACGGCCCACGCGCGCACUCGCGGGUACUGCCGCAAACACACGACGACGAUGACUAAGACGUCGGUUGAACGCCAUGCGGGCUGCUUCCCGAACCAUGGCAUCCCGCGGCGAGAAUCCAUCAAGCGGCCGACGUCGUCGAUCGCCUUCGACAUCGCCGACAUGAACGACAUGCUGCAAAUGAUCAAAGACGAAGUGGUCGACUGCGAAGAGCCCAUCGAGUUCAUCCAUCCACUCGACAAAAGCACUGUCGAUGGCUCGUGGUGGAUCGAUCCGGACGUCGCGACCGAACUGCUCGAGCUCUUGACGGUCCAAGGAGUGGCGUGUUGA